CUCAUCAAUGACUAUACCAACAGCCACAAAGAGCGUACAAAGCUAUUGUAUUCAAAAAUAAAUUCUGAUCUCAUUCAAAACAAAGAGAAAACGCUAGAACGGGUUAACAGAGAUUGCGAUAGUCCGGCUAUACUUGAUAACCGAGAAACAGUAUAUGCCAAAAAGCAUGUUAGAAAAAAGCACGCCAACAAAUUCUCAAAGCCGUGCCGACUACAAAGUGUUAAUACGUAGAAAAAGACCGUCACGACGGACCAGCACGGAAAAGUGCAUGUAAGUAAUUUGAAACGUCCUCUACGCAAACUUUAUUCGGUUGACUAAGCCUCGAGCAAUUAGAUAAGAAAGUAUGUUCCCAGGAAUCAUAGGAAUCCAUGGUACGAUAACGUUGAAGAAUUUAGAACAUAACCUAGGGGUCUGUUCAAAGUAUGUCAUCCCUUCUGGAAAAUAUCUUGUAAAGAAUGAGUUGUACUUCGCCUUUGCGGAAGACGCAUGGGCGGAAACGGUCGCAAAACAGUACGUUUGUAAGGAACUAGAUUUAAGAAGAAUCAGAGAAUCCAAUCCCUGUAAAGUUCAAGUCCUGGAACAUAAAACUCCCACUACCUGCCGAGAAGUAGAAGCCGUAAUCACAGGGCCAGUAAUGAAGAAACUGCAUGAUUUCGGACAAUGGAUCUUGCUUAUACCCAAUGAAACCACCAUGACAUUAAGCUGUCAAGAAGGCCAAGAAACAGUCAAAGUUUUGGGAUCCUACUUAGCCGAAAUUCCAGUCGGUUGUACACUGGAACUAAAUUAA